UUCAUUUGUUUAAUUUUGAUUUUUUUCAUCUUUACCUUUUAUAUACAUUCAGAUAGAAUUUCUCAAAUAUCCUGAGACAGAGCCACCUUUUUAGAAACGCUCAAAAAAAUCGAUUGGUUUAAGGUCUGAAAAUCAUGAUGGUGACUUACAAAAUGAUACACUGUAGUAAAUUGGCUCAACAAAUGUAUAUCAGUUUUAAUACACAUAGUAGUCGAAAUGUUUGAUGUAGUUACCAUAGUAUUUAAGUUUCGAAUCAUAGAAGUUUUUAAGGCCCUUGAUCCCUAAAUUAUUAGAUGUUUUUCUACCCUUGCUUGAAACUUAUGACUCUAUUCUUGGACUUUUGGGUGACCAGACGCUCUCAAAAAGUGCAAGAUAGAAUUUUUACAUCCAAAAUAUCAUUUUUACAACAUUCCCAAUUAUAUUGGAAUUUUCAUUUCAAUUUUGCAAAUAAUUAUUUUAUAAAUUUUAUAUUUAAUAUUAUCAUAUACUGCUCUACCAAUUAUAUAGAGCAUAAAUACUUUUAUCCUGUUUGGUUAUGAGUGAAUUUGAAUCUACAAUAUUUCUAAGUAACCAAUAAGGUCGAGUGAUUUAAAUCUCGAUUAUUUAUUCCCCAUUUCAUAGUUGCCUUUAGAUUUGUUCUAUCCCAUCCUUCAGAGCCCUAAAAUCAUUUUCAACAUUUUUCUAUCUCGAACGCUCAAUAUUACUGCUCUUUUUUCCAUUUUAUUGUUUAUACUGAAUUUCUUCAGCAUUUAAUUGUGGAAAUGGGCCAAAAUACCUGACUGGUUAUGUAAGUUUGCCUUUAGUAUUUAUACAUAUAAUGAAAGUAAUAAGAUUUACCAAUUAUGAAGAAUAUUCCUGGAAUUAUAAUUCAUUAAACAUUUUUAGAAUUUUUGGAAAAGCUCAAGAAUUACAGUAUUACUAUGCGAUACAUUCCAUCUGUAAAUUUUUGUAUUGAAUAUGUUUUUUGUUCAUAAUCUGUAUCAAUCAAACAAUGAUGAAUGAUAAUCUUAGCAAUGAAAACUGGGACAUGCUAUAGUUAAGCAAUGUCUAAGUCCACAAAUAAAUAUAUUUUCAAUUUGACUCAUGCCAAAAUUAACUUAUGAAUUAAUAGAAUAUUAUAUUUUUUUGAAAUUUAAAAGAUGAGGUGAUCAAUUAAAAAAUAAACAUAAGGAUUACAUAAAAUAAAAUUACUUGUCAAUAUGUGUAUAUUAGUUAUUUAUAGUAUACUAAUUACACAGAUAUUUCUGGUAUAUCUUUUGAUGCUUGUUUUAUAAAUGUACUUGCCAUAACUUUUGUUUUUAAACAACAAAAUUUAACAUAAAAAUAAUAUACAUAUGUAAAACUAUUAGUAAUAAUUAGUGGUAGUUCCUAUUCAACAAUUAUCACUCACAAUACUUAAUUUCAGAGAAGAUGGUUUUUCACUAUUCUCAUUUCUCACUUUCCAGUUCCACUUUCUAUUCACAUUUUACCUAGGUGGGUAUGUGUUUACCCUACUUUUGUCAUAUUCCUUGUCAAAAAAUAUAAUAAAAUUUGCUAAAAUUAUUUCCCUUGUACUCAGAAAUAAAAUAAUGACAGCGAAUUAAAAUGAUUGUAUUUAGAGUACUUUUGUUUUUUAUUUGUUGAAAAGUGAAGUGCAAAAUAAAAUAAACUAACUCUUAAAAAAACUUGAUAUUAUAUAAGUAUGAAAAUUUACAACUUGCUUAUAGAAAACGUACAUUGAUACUUCGUUUUGUUUAUAUCAUCUUCCAAAAUCUUCAUGUUUUGUUUCUGCUUUGUGCCUUCAAGGUUUUUCUAAUCUACAUUCGGUUUUCUCCGUAUAUUCGUAUGUGACGUCACGGAUGACGACGGACGCUGCGUCACGACAUUUCUUCCGGAGUUCUCAAGCCAAUGAUAUUAAGGGAUUCAAUCAUGUGAUGGUGGCCGGCCAAUGAACAAAUAAACAGGUUUUAUUAGACAAGAGAAUUUCUGACAAGCGUAGAAAAAGUUUCAACAGCCGCCAUUUUGCCUGUUUGAAGUCGCGUAGAAAUUCAGAUGAUUUUCUUCUCUCAUACUGUCUUAUGUUCAUUAUAAAGGUUCGUUUUUGUAAAAUCAGUGUUAGAUAAUAUAAUAGUGUUUUAAUUUUGGUGACGAUUUUUGACAGUUAGUGAAAAAGUUGAAAAACUUGCUUGAUUAAAUUAGAGAUCAUUGUGCAGUUCCGAUGGAAGAUGGAGAAAGGCAGUCGCGAAAUAUAGUCGACCAUUCGCAUUAGUCGAUACUCAUAAUGACUGAUGGUUGACUUUUAUUCGAUAAAUAUGUGCCUUGUGAGAUGCAUCGACUCUCGAACACUCGGUACAUCGACUGUUUUGCUAUGUUUCUUUCAUAUUUUUGCCCACAAAUCAUGCAUUUGUUACUUGACUUACAGUAAAUAGUGGAUUACAGUGCUGCUAGUUUGGUCAGCCGUAGCAUUGGGCCAGUGCUCGGUUUUGGCUUGGUAAACAGCAGAGUGCACCGAUUUUGCCAUGGCCGAUCACCUUGUAGAUGGGCCGCCUAAUGCAAAAAGGCAAAAAUUGGACCCUUUUCAGGGGCCAUCGGAUUCAUCCGAUGUUUUAUCCAAUAUGGACAUGCUGGACUUGGAAAAUGAUCUUCCAGAUGAACUUAUGUCAUCAUCACCAUGGGGAAGUAUUUCUGAUAACAUGACAAGUACUAAACCACCUGCUCAAGGUCCAGGACCAGGUAGUUUACAAAAUGGUAUAGAUAACACUGACAGUAACAACCUUAGACAACAAAUGCAGCUCAAUCAUCUCCUACAACAGAGCAAUAAGAGUUUAGCUGGGCCACUCCUACACACUACUGGGCCAUUGGGUAAUAAGAGCCCAAAUCUUCAGUCACCACCUAAUGUAUCGGUAGCAAAGGGUGGUGUAGUAGAAAUGAAUCUAGGUAGUUUACCAUCCAGCAUCGCAACUAAUACAGGUCUUCAGUCUAUGGCAAACAAUGGUAAUUCUACUCAAGUUAUGAGUUCAGUUCAAGGCAUCAAUAACAGUGGUGGUAACAUGAUAAUGACAAGUAGCAAUAUGAGCACAAUGAGUGGAAUGGCAGGAGGAGGGCUGGUUGUGAGCAGUACCAUAAACAAACCACUGGCAAAUGCUAACAUGUUUGCACCUGGUCAUCCUCAACAUCCUGCCAAUCAUAAUGUAAAUCAAGUUUUACCAAAUGGACCCAUGAUGAAUAGAGUUGGUAUGCAUUUAAAUCAACGUGGGCCUCCAAUUCACAUUGGUGGACCGAGACUAGGGGUUGGACCACCACUAUGUGGACCUCAGGGCAUGACUGGCAAUCCUCAAUAUGCCCAAUAUGCAAAUCAAAAUUCUGCUAAUCAAGGUGUUCCAGUAGGUGAGUAUGGUGUAGUAACUCCACAACCAAAAAUGAAUCUUCAAAAUCCAUGCCCUCGGUUUGGCACUACUCAGACAACAGCAGGAACGGGAAUUGGUCCUCCUCCAGGUUGUGGUGGAGAAGGUGGCAUAGUUCAAACCCAACCACCUGCUCCAUCACCAGCUCAGCCACAAUCUGGAGCUCCAAGUGGUACUCAACCAGGACCCCAACAAGCAACUCAAAACCCCAGUGGACCUUCUGCACCGCCUCCUCCAGCACCUUCAACUGAUCCAGAAAAACGGAAACUGAUACAACAACAAUUAGUACUUCUACUUCAUGCCCAUAAAUGCCAAAGGAGGGAGUCUCAGGCAAAUGGAGAAGUGUGGUCUUGUACAUUACCCCAUUGCAAAACCAUGAAAAAUGUUCUCAAUCACAUGACUACAUGUAAUGUGGGGAAAAGUUGUUCAGUGGCACAUUGCAGUUCAUCACGACAAAUAAUUAAUCAUUGGAAAAAUUGUGUGAGGACGGAUUGUCCUGUUUGUUUGCCAUUGAAACAAGCUGAUAAAAAUCGAAAUAAUCCAAAUGCUGCUGCAACUGCUGCACUAAACAAUCAAUCUUCAAAUCCUUCCGCAACAGAUAUGCGCAGAGCAUAUGAUGCCCUUGGUAUUCAGUGUCCUACAACAGCAUCAGGACCAAGUCCUACAGGUUUGAUACCAAAUCCAGGCCAACCAAGAUUGAGAUUAUCUGUUAAUUCCGGGAAUGCUUUACCAAAUAUUGGUAAUAACAUGCAAGGUGUUAGGGUAUUAGGACCAACAGGACCUGCUGCACCCAAUGUUUCUCUACCCUUGAAUAGUGAUCCUUCCAAUUCUGCUCAAGCUCAAGGAAUUAGUCAAACAGCUGCUAGUAUCCAACAAAGUGUUAAUAAUGUUAUGUUUGGAUUGGCUAGUGGUGCAGAAGCUGCAAAUCAAGGUUUAGUGAAUCAAUUACCUACAGGUUUACAGCCAGGACAAGUAACAGCUUCACCUGUAACAGGAACAAAAGAAUGGCACCAACAUGUUACUCCAGAUCUCAGGAACCAUUUAGUGCACAAGCUUGUGCAGGCAAUAUUUCCUACGCCUGAUCCUCAAGCUUUAUUAGAUAAGAGAAUGCAUAAUUUAGUGGCAUAUGCUCGGAAAGUUGAAGGUGACAUGUAUGAAAUGGCUAAUUCAAGGUCAGAAUAUUACCAUCUCUUAGCAGAAAAGAUUUACAAGAUCCAGAAGGAAUUAGAAGAAAAAAGACUGAAAAGGAAAGAACUGCAGUUGCAAUUACAACACUCAUCACAGCAGCAGCAACAAAUUAGACCAAAUAUACAAGCAGGUAUUGUAGCGCGACCAGGUGUGCCUGUGAAUGUUAUGCCUUGUCAACAACAACCAAACCAGCAGCAACCGGGAUUAAGGAGUGGUUCGCCUGCUCUAGGUGGGCCACCUAUUAGUGGUCUAGGAGUAUUAAAUGCACCAGGUAACCGACUCAUGUUUCCAGUUCAGCAGCAAAAUACUCAACAACAAAAUCAACAACAACCCAAUGCAGUUGGUUUACCUGGACCAAGUCCAACGACAUCAAAUCCAGGCCUUUCACCAUUCGGAAAUCCUCUUUCACAGGGUAGCACGCAUAACAGUACUUCAAAUAGCCAAUUCCCAGCUACCAGUAAUGGACCAGUUAGUUUGCCCCAAGUAUCCCCAGCUGGACAAAAUUCUCAAGCAAAUCCAUUUAGUGAUAUGUUAAAACAAAGUCGAAUCCCGCCAUCACCUUCUAGCUUUGUUCAACAACCACAACAAAAUCUCUCACAAUCAAAUCAACAGAAUGUUGCUCAAAACAAUACCUCUCGAAUACCAACAACUUCAUCUGAUUCUUCAACAAUGCCUCUAAAUACUAACGCUGGACCAAAAUCUGUUAGCUCCUCCAGGGGUACAUCACCUGCACCUGCUACUCCUGUACAAGCUUCUCCUUCAGCUUUAGCAGCUAGCAUGGGUAAAGGUAUGAGUAGCUCAGAAAGAGCUGCAUUGAAUGCUCCCAGACAGAGUUCAUUAUCUUCGCAAAUGGCGGCUAUUACUGCGGCUGCAGGACGAGAUGAGGAUUCUCCUUCUCCACCAGCAGGGGGUAGUAAAGGGAAACUUGAUCAAAUGAAAAUGGAAACAGAUAUCAAACAAGAAGAACCUGAAGUACAUGAAAAUUUCAUGGAAAAUCACAGUGGUAAGACUAUGAAACAGGAGAUUAAACAGGAAAUUAAAUCAGAAUCUAUAGAUGGAUCAAUGUCAAUCAAAGAGGAACCUGGAUUAAUCAAAGAAGAACCAAAUAUGUCUGAAAAUUCUACUGAUAUUAAGCCUUCCAUCAAUGACACUGCCAAUGCAAUUGCUACAGGAGGUGAUAAGAAACAGAAAAUGUUCAAACCGGAUGAACUACGUCAAAAAUUGAUGCCUACUUUGGAAAAAUUGUUCAGACAAGAUCCAGAAAGCAUACCAUUUAGACAACCUGUAGAUCCUCAAACACUGGGUAUUCCUGAUUAUUUUGAUAUUAUUAAGAGACCAAUGGACCUCUCUACUAUUAAAAGAAAAUUAGAUAUAGGUCAAUAUGCCGAUCCUUGGGAAUAUGUGGAUGACGUGUGGCUAAUGUUUGACAAUGCUUGGCUUUAUAACAAGAAAACUAGUAGAGUCUAUAGAUACUGUACAAAGUUAUCAGAAGUAUUUGAACAAGAAAUAGAUCCAGUGAUGCAAUCAAUGGGUUAUUGUUGUGGAAGAAAAUAUACCUUUAAUCCACAAGUUUUAUGCUGCUAUGGAAAACAACUUUGUACUAUACCAAGAGAUGCCAAGUACUUCAGUUAUCAGAAUAGUAGUUUGAAGGCAUAUGGAUUAGCUUCUGAUAGAUACACUUUCUGUCAAAAAUGUUUUAAUGAUAUUCAAGGAGAUACUGUUACUUUGGGAGAUGAUCCAACUCACACUCAAACUGCAAUAAAGAAAGAUCAAUUCAAAGAAAUGAAAAACGACCACCUAGAGAUGGAGGCAUUUGUGCAUUGUACGGAUUGUGGGCGAAAACUCCAUCAAAUAUGUGUUCUUCACAUAGAAGCAAUUUGGCCGCAAGGUUUCACUUGUGAUGAAUGCUUCAAGUUUAAAGGACAAAAGAGGAGAGAAAAUAAGUUUACCGCGAAACGUUUACCUACCACAAACUUGGGCACAUAUAUCGAAAAUAGGGUUAACAUAUUUUUGAAAAAGAAAGAGGCCGGCGCGGGUGAAGUGUCGAUACGAGUAGUUUCUAGUUCGGAAAAAGUUGUUGAAGUUAAACCGGGAAUGCGUGGUAAAUUCGUAGAAAGUGGUGAACUAGCUGGGGACUUUCCUUACCGAGCGAAAGCACUUUUUGCAUUUGAGGAAAUUGACGGAGUCGAUGUAUGCUUUUUCGGUAUGCAUGUGCAAGAAUACGGUUCCGAGUGCCCACCGCCAAAUACGCGACGAGUUUACAUUGCGUAUUUGGACUCUGUUCACUUUUUUAAACCGAGACAAUUUAGGACUGCUGUUUAUCAUGAGAUUUUAUUAGGGUAUAUGGACUACGUUAAACAAUUAGGUUAUACAAUGGCUCACAUUUGGGCUUGCCCUCCUUCGGAAGGUGAUGAUUACAUCUUCCAUUGCCAUCCUCCGGACCAAAAGAUACCAAAACCUAAGAGAUUGCAAGACUGGUAUAAGAAGAUGUUAGAUAAAGGAAUUAUUGAAAGGAUAGUUAUGGAUUAUAAGGACAUUCUUAAACAAGCCAUGGAAGAUAAUUUAAGAUCGGCGGCAGAUCUUCCAUAUUUUGAGGGUGACUUUUGGCCAAAUGUUUUGGAAGAGAGCAUAAAAGAAUUGGAUCAAGAGGAAGAAGAGAAGAGGAAACAGGCUGAAGCUGCAGAGGCUGCGAUAUUUUCCUCGAUGGAGGAAAGUGAAGUUGGUCCUGAUGGCAAGAAAAAGGGCCAGAAGAAAGCCAAAAAGAGUACAAAAUCAAAAGCAAAUCAAAGAAAAAACAGCAAGAAAUCCAAUACUCCCCAAACUGGCAAUGAUUUGUCUGCCAAAAUUUUUACUACUAUGGAAAAGCAUAAAGAAGUUUUCUUUGUUAUUAGGUUACAUACUGUACAGUCCGCUGCUAGCUUAAAGCCAAUUCAGGAUCCUGAUCCUUUUAUAAACUGUGAUUUAAUGGAUGGUCGAGAUGCAUUCUUAACGCUCGCCCGAGAAAAACAUUAUGAAUUCUCUUCAUUGAGAAGAGCCAAAUACAGCACUAUGUCUAUGUUGUAUGAAUUACAUAAUCAAGGUCAAGAUAAAUUUGUAUAUACUUGUAAUAGUUGUAAAGCACAUGUGGAAACAAGGUAUCAUUGUACCUUAUGUGAAGAUUUUGACUUAUGUAUACAAUGCUAUGAAAAAGAAGGUCAUCCUCACAAAAUGGAGAAACUUGGUUUGGACAUAGAUGAUGGAAGCUCCCCAAGUGAUAGCAAAGCCAAUCCUGGAGAAGCACGAAAAUUAUCGAUACAGCGUUGUAUUCAUUCAUUGGUGCAUGCUUGUCAAUGCAGAGAUGCAAAUUGUCGAUUGCCGAGCUGUCAAAAGAUGAAACGAGUAACAAAUCACACCAAAUUGUGCAAAAGGAAAACAAAUGGUGGUUGUCCCAUUUGCAAACAACUUAUUGCUCUUUGUUGUUAUCAUGCUAAACACUGCCCAGAAACCAAGUGUCCUGUACCAUUUUGUUCUAAUAUUAAACAUAAACUCAAGCAACAACAAUUACAACAGAGGUAUCAACAGGCGCAGCUACUUAGGAGAAGAAUGGCUGUGAUGUCAAGAACAGCUCCAACAACGAAUCCAUGCCCAGGAGCGGCUAAUAUCGCAAUAUGUGUUGCUGGAGUACCAUCGGUGGUACCUACUGCUGUUAGUCCAGCAAAUACUUUGAAUGCCGGUUUACCUAAUCCUGCAAUGGGAAUACAACCUCCACAUCAACCUGGUAUAGGUUUAAAACCAGGUGCUCAAACUCCACCAGCUAAUGUACUCCAAGUAGUGAAGCAGGUUCAAGAAGAGGCGGCCCGACAGCAAGCUCCGCAUGUGAGUUAUGGUAAAGUCAGUCCUGGUCAAGUGCCUGUACAAAAUAUGCCUCCACCUCAAAUUAGGAGCAUGGGACAUCUCGGAGCUGGGCAAAGUGGUGGUAACCUCUUACCUAUGGAACAGUGGCAACCAAGGUAUCCAAGUGCGGUAGCGCCGGGUAUUAGACAACAAGGUCCACCUAUCAUGCAACCAGGUCAGAUGGGUCAAACUCCCAUGCAAACGAAUCAAGCUGGUGUUCGACCAGGUGCUACACCCAUUAGUGCACCAGGAAACAUGAUGCAGAAACAAGCGUUACAACAGCUCAUGCAAACCUUAAGAUCGCCGCAAUCUGCUGAACAGCAACAGCAAAUUCUGACGAUACUUAAGUCAAAUCCACAGUUAAUGGCUGCAUUUAUAAAACAGAGACAGCAAGCACAAAUACAACAAGCAGGUGGUGCAACUCCUUCCCAGCAGCAACUGCAACAUAUCUUGAAUCAACAACCUAAUGCAACCCAACAUCAAAACAGGGUGCAAAUGCAGGCAGGUUUAAUAAACCAAGCACAACCACAGGGCCUCAACCCAGGUCCCGGACAGGGCCAGCCCAUGGCGCAACAGCAACAAUGGUUCAAACAUCAUCAGAUCCUCGCCAUGAGACAACAGGCGGCGGCUCAACAACAGCAGCAGCAGCAACAGCCUGGUUUCCAACAACCUGGUGCCUGUCCAACUUAUCAGCAGAGGCUACCGGGUAUCAGGCAACCACAUAUGGGCUACAACAAUUCGUUUGGUGACCAGCAAUACCCACCCAUGCAAGGUCUGAAACCAACGCCAUCACCUUUACCAUCGCCACAAGGCGUAAUGGGACCACCUCAGGGACAAGGCAUAUCUGUGCAACAGCAACAACUGAUGCAAAGUGUUCGAAGUCCGCCUCCGAUAAGGAGCCCUCAACCGAGUCCGUCUUCGCGCACGGCACCAAGUCCUCGAAACCAGACAGUAGCGAGUCCACGAGGACCUCAACCUUCUCCACACGAUCUCGCGACAGCGUCUGAGAUGUUAUUGAGUCAAAAUCACUCGAAUUCCCUUCAUCCGCACGCCUCGCCCGUUGCAGCACCAAACCAAGACUCAAAUAACGAAGUGCCGACUAUGACUCCACAAGACCAGUUGAGCAAGUUUGUGGAGCAACUUUAGUGGUGCAAUGUACUUCUUUCGAGACGGUUAUCAGACUAAUAAAAGUGAUAAAAAAUAUAUUUAUAUAUCUUAUAUAUUUGUACAUACUGUAGAUUGUCAAAAUAUGAAUUGUAUUAUGUUGUAAUGAUUAUAUAUAUACAAAAUUGUACAUAUGUUUGAUAGACAAACUGUAUCAUAUUAUACAUAUACAUAUUUAAUAUUUAGUGAAUUACUUGAGUGAAAAAAUUGAGAUACCUUAAAGUAUUUAUGGCUUUGCGAGGCUGUGUUUAAAAUUAACGGAUUGUUACCUAGUGAAUGGUAGACUUUGGCAUAGCUACGCAUCUGUUAAUCAUUUGUUUUAUUUUUCCUUUUUUAUUUUUACAAUUUUCAAAUAAAUAUGACUUGUUAGGAUAGUCGAGAUGUAUAAAAAAUGAAGUAAAUCAAUUUUACCGAAAAGUAUAGUGUCGCGUCGGUAGCUAUUGUGAUGGUGGUCUUUUUAAAAAAUAAAACUCCAUUUGUUUUUUAUAUACAUAUAUAAUAUAUUUAUAAUUUAUAAUCUUUCGUCUUGAUUUCGUAUGUUACACCAUUCCACGAAGUGUGGGGUGCGGUGCUGGCACAAAUGACAAUCCUGACGCCCACGCCAGUGCAAUAACUUAUUGAAAAACUCCCUCCUCUAAUUUAUUACUGAAAAUAAAGCAACUAGAUUACUUAGUGUUAAGUAUUAUAUAAAAGAAAAUAAACAGUAAUUCUGAAUAUUACAUAACUUUUUUUCCUUCAAAGGUAACCUUAAAGGUUUAAGUGAAUGUCUAAAAUUUGUUUCAAUAAUCAUUUAUUAAUUUCCACAAAAAAAUUGAAGUCUACUUAUCUUUUUGAUAACAAAAUCAAUAUUCCUUGAAAUUCGUUAAGUUGUAUUUAUUAUAUAUUUUAAAAUGGAUAAAUCACAUGUCUGAAAAUUGUAACUCCACUACAUUUGUGAAGAAGCACAUAAACAAAAAUGUCAAUUAUAAUCAGUAAUAAAAAGUAAUUUUCCAGAAUGACGAUUUGUAUUCACCUAUGUUUACUCAAAAUUCAUAGUCAUCUUGGUAUAGGAUCAAAAUAUAACUGGUUCAUUACAUUCUCACCAUACAAUUUUCACAUAUAUUUUGCAAUCUUAGUGAUAAACUGAUACCAUCUUGAUUUUUUGAUUAUCAAAUCUUGCUGAAAUGUAAGUAGCAUGAUCAUUUGAAUCCCAUCAAAUCUGUUAUAAACCAGUCACAGUUUAACUAAUUAAUAACACUAUUGUGAAACUACAUUACGAUGCAAAAUUUCU